AUGACGCCUUUGACGCUCCUGAUCGCCAUCCUCCCCGUGCUCCCACUAAUCUCCGCCGCGCCAAACCACGGGCCCGUCCGCGUGAAUGGCAAGCCUUCCGGCGCCGCCACGGGGCCGCAAAAGUGCGUGACCGUGUCGAACGCGGGCUUCUACGGCCAGACGAAUACCAACGACACGUUCCUCGGCAUGUAUGGACAGGGUGUGGUCGUACAGUUGCUGUGCUUUACUACGGGAGCGGCUUAUGAGCUCCUCGCGCAAAGCCGCCACCUGAGCGCUGCCUCGAUCAGGACGAUCACAGAGGUAAUGUCUCGCAAGCGCCUCAAUCCUUUCGGUGAGGAGGACACCGACGGAGGCCCUCCGGCCAGAAAUCUUCGGACUACCCGGAGCAGCAGCUCUGUCCAAGGACAGGCCGUUGAUAGAGCCAGUAAUGGCAAGAGGUACCGUGAUGCGACAGCACCGGACCUCGUAGGGGAGCGCAGCUCCGCCUUGAACCGUCUUCCUGCCAGUGGCCGUGAUGACGAGUCCGCUCGUCGGAGCCCUUUGAAGCGGCCAGCAGACGACGACCUCAAGCUUCCGAGUGCCAAGCGCCUCACUUUUCCCUUCCCGCGCCUCGCUCCAACCUUCCCGCGCAGGUCUCUUUACGGCCCGUUUGGACCUCGAGUCCAUCGUUCAUGGGGGCUGCAGAACGCUCCGAAGAAAGAGGAAGACCUCGAGGAAGCGCAUCUUGUGGCGCUUGCCUUGGAGGCAAAUCUGCUCGCUGAAGCAGAUGGAAGCAGACCGUUGGAUGGGGGGAUGAAGACCUCGACGACCGAGGCGGAAGAGAAUGGCAAGGAUGGGAAUCCUUCAAUUGCCGUGAGCAUUGCCGGUACUCCCUCCGCGCCAAGCUCUUCCGGAAAGGGGCCACGCAGAGCCGCCAUCUCCUCUCGUGUCGGCCGCCGAUUUGCUCCCUACCGUCUUCGGAGGGACCGCGUCCACGGGCGAGAGAUCGAACAUGCCGAGAUGAAGGAGAACGACCUUCUCGCCGCCCAUGAUAGGGCUUUGACCCUCGAGCGCCAGCUCCAGAGAGAGAUCGUGGCGGUGCGCUUUGCGGAUGAGGACGAGAUCUGGGAGGAGCUGGGAGUGAGGCAAGCGGCGGAAGAGCCGGAGGACGAGUCUCUGGCCGAAGCGCAGGGGGUAGCCGAAGCGCAGCAUGGGCGGGACUUGGAGGAGGGGGUCGUUGUGGAGGAGGCUCCCGAGAUGAGAACCUACUGGCCCGUGACGGUCAAUGCUCACGAGUAA